AUGACGGAGGUUAGAAGGAAAAUUGAAGAACUCUAUGUGUUCGUGAAGGAUAAGAACAACAUACACAAGGAGGUCAAGCUACUAGCGACGGUCUUCAAAUCCGGCAUAGCUGUGGCAGAUCGGGAACUGCAAGAACGGAGAAGAAGAGCUGAAGUGGCCGAAAAGGCUCUGCUUGAGGCCAAGGAGAAUGCAAUGCUGGCUAACGACGAAUACGGGGACAAGGAGCAAGAAGAUGGAGAAGACAAUGAUUGGCGUACAGUCGAAAACCAUAAGGAUAAGAGGAAAAAACUGAAGGAAGAGGAAAAAAGGAAGACGGAACAGAAGAAGAAGGAGGAGAAGGAAAAUAAGAAUGAAGAGGAAGAGAAGAAGAAGAAGAAGACGGAAGAGAGGAAGAAGGAAGUCAAGAAGAAGGAAAACCCCAGGCAUCGUAGGGAGAGAAGUAAGGGCGACGCUCUGGUUAUCGAGGCGAAAGACAAAACGACAUACGCAGCACUACUCCGGAAAGUGAGAGAGGAUCCGGAGUUGAAGCAACUAGGCGAGAACGUAGUGAAAAUCAGGCGCACCCAGAAAGGCGAGAUGCUGUUCGAGCUGAAGAAGGACCCGUCGGUGAGGAGUUCAGCCUUCAAGGAACUCGUCGAAAAAUCUCUUGGCGAGGACGCGAACGUAAGAGCCUUAUCGCAGGAGUCAGUUGUCGAGUGCAAGGAUCUGGAUGAGAUCACAACGGAAGACGAGGUACGAUGUGCGCUGAAGGUGCAAUGCAAUCUGGGAGAUUGCCUAUGA